ACAGCAGAGGCACAUUUCGGCAGCAGCAGUAGCAGCAGCAACAACUCCCUCAGCCAUGAACACCCUGAUCGUCCUGAGCGCCGUCCUGGCCGUGGCCGUGGCUAAGCCCGGCUACCUGGGCGCCGCCCCCGCCGCAGUCGUCGCCCCCGCGGCCUACGCCGCCCCCGCGGUGGUGGCCGCCCCCGUGCACGCCGGCUACGCCGCCUACGGCCCCGCCCCCGUCGCCGUGCGCUCCGACGGCUACCUGGCUGACACCCCUGACGUCGCCGUCACGAAGGCCGCCCACCUGACCGCCGUCGCCCAGACUCAGGCCCGUGACGCCGUCGUCAACGGCGCCGCCGCCCUGGCCGCCCACGCCGCCCACGCCUACGCCGCCCACGCUUACGCCGCCCCCGCUGUAGCGUAUGCCGCUCCCGCUCCCGUGGCUUACGCCGCCCCCGCUGCCUACGCCGCCCACGCUGCGUACGCCGCCCCUGGCGCUCUCGCCGCUGCUGCCCACCUCCACGCUAAGGCUGCUCUGCUGGGCUGAAAUGUCAUCCUGCACAACGUUCCUUUGUGAAUAAUGUAUAUAUUAUACAAUAUUAAUAAUAAACUAUGGCAAUGAAA